AUGAAGUCCAUCAUUGCCAUCUCUGCCCUCACCUCUCUCACCACCCUCACCACCGCCUUCCCUACCUCCGACGACCGCAACUGGGAACUCUACACCAACGACCUGGGCUACGCAGCUUCUCGCUUCAAACCCGGCCAAGAACCCGGCACAGAAGCCUACGCCGCUCGCUUCGGCUCCAACAACGUCUCGGACGCCUCAAUAUUCGCUCGCCAGGACAAUCGGCGCACCGAGCCCCUCGUCGGCCAGAACGCCAUUCCCUACGGCUGCAUCACCGAUAUCCCAAACACGGUUCUCAGCAAGCUCUACGACAUCUGCGGAGACUUGGGCUGUGAUGGCGGUGCUACCGUGAGCGUUGAUGUCAAGUAUCCAGACAAUGGAAACGAGGGGGACGCUACCGUUACGCUGGCUCCGAAGGGUCGCUGGCCUUCCGGCAUGCGGGAUGCGAUGAUUCAGGCUGUGCAGGCUGAAGCUAUUCCUGAGGCUGUGGAGACGGAGGAGGUGACUUCGUACUUCCAGCAGAACAGCCCGUUCAACCCCUCACGAACGUACAAAUGCAACGUUUCCAAGUCGACCAACUUCUUCUCGAUUAUUGUAAGGAACAACGAUGAUGAAAGUCAGGUUGCGAAUUUGGAUGUGUCCGUUUCGUUCACGAAGAACAGGGAUUCCAUCAUAUGUGGCACUGCGGCUGCUGCCUCGGGCGCUGUUGUGGGUGCAAUCAACGGAAUUGCAGGUGGACUGUUUGGAUUCGUCCAGGCGCUGGUGUGCAACAGCUAG